AUGGUUGUUACAUAUGAUCCCGAUGGAGAUUUAGUCCUAGUCCUCUCAAAGGACGCAGCAUGGGAAGACACAGACGAGGAAGAAAAUUCAAAGGAAUCAACAGAACCAGAACCACGAGACUCCCUGGAAAAGAAUGUCCUAACGGACGAAGCUACUGCCGCCAGGGAAGAUGUACAUAUGUUAGUAUCAUCCAAACACAUGAGCCUUGCUUCUCCUGUAUUCAAAGCCAUGCUUCAAGCCAGCCAUUUCAAAGAAGGUCGAGAACUAGCUUUUGCUGGCAAGGUUGAAAUUUCCCUUCCUGAUGACGACCCGGAUGCUUUUGCUAUUUUGAUGUGUAUUAUUCAUGGUCGGACAAGGAGUGUUCCCCGCGAAAUCGAUUUAGAUCUCCUAUCGAGGAUAUCCACUCUGGUUGAUAAGUAUCAAUUACGUGAGGUGGUUGAAAUUAUUUCUGAUAGAUGGAUAUCCCAGCUUGAAUCUGAAAUACCGAAGGAACUUACAGACGAUUUACUCCCAUGGCUUAGCAUUGCUUGGGUAUUUGAAAAAUCAAGUAUCUUCAAAGAGACUACUCGGAUUGCAGAACGACAAAGCAAGGGUAGGAUUGGUGAAGAUAGAGAUGACAUUCCGAUUGCAAAUCGAGUUGGUAAGAAAGUUCCCAUCUCUUCAAGUGUCAAGCACAUGACUAACGAUAGUAAAGAUGCAAUCCAAAAACGAAGACUAGCCGCGAUAACCGACGCCUACUCCAUAGUCGCAACUAUAUUGCAUACUGGCAAACACCACUGCACCGCGCCCCGCAAAUCUUCAUUUGAAUGCAGUGGCAUGGUACUGGGAACCCUUCUCCAGAGUGCCACAAAAUUAGGCAUAUAUCCCGUACCAGAUCUUACAAACACAGAUCUCACAUUCAAUUAUGUAGCCAAUCAGAUCCGAAAAGUUACAGUUAUCGCUCUUUGUGACAGUUUAUCACCAAUCAAGGGGUUUGAGUAUCGUCAUUUGUCUACGCAUGGUGUGAAACAGGUUAUUGAUACCAAACUGGUGAAUAUUGAAAAGAGAUUGUGUGGAUUGAAGAUGGAGGAUUUUAAGAAGGGAAAGAGAGCACAAGCGAAGCUUAAUCUCCCGGAAACAAUAAAUUUAUCUGUCAAUUUGUUAGCCUGUAGGGUUAUCGUUAUCCCUUGGAGUUUCGUGAUCUUGUAUGGGGCCCUCAGGGCCGGGGAGAGGGUAGUGUCGAGGGCAUAUAUCCGUGAAAAAGCUAUUGGCUUUCGUCCAUCUUGCGAGCAGCUCCGCUCCUUCGAAUGUCCCACAGAGGCAGAGAGAGUUCCUUGGGGUUUUUUGGUGAUGAGUGUAUCUCCAAUUCUCUGUAUGUCUGAGGGAUCACCGUCGACCAUAGCUUGUCUAUUGCUUUUUGCCUGA